GCCUCGGGGGGCGGGAAGAGGCGGCGGGAAUAUGGAGGCGCAGGAGAGUGGCAGUGGAGCCGCAGAGCGCGGGGCCCAGGACCCUGCCUCAGCCUCCAGCAAGGCUCCCGGCAGCGCCAGCCACUACGAGCUGCCGUGGGUUGAAAAAUAUAGACCAGUGAAGCUGAAUGAAAUUGUCGGGAAUGAAGAUACCGUCAGCAGGCUGGAGGUCUUUGCAAGAGAAGGGAAUGUGCCCAACAUCAUCAUUGCUGGCCCCCCAGGAACCGGCAAAACUACAAGCAUCCUGUGUUUGGCACGAGCCCUGCUGGGCCCAGCACUCAAGGAUGCCGUUUUGGAGCUCAAUGCCUCAAAUGACAGGGGCAUUGAUGUUGUGAGGAACAAAAUCAAAAUGUUUGCCCAACAGAAAGUCACCCUUCCCAGAGGGCGGCACAAGAUCAUCAUCCUGGACGAAGCAGACAGCAUGACUGACGGAGCCCAGCAAGCCUUGAGGAGAACCAUGGAAAUCUACUCCAAAACAACCCGCUUUGCUCUCGCUUGUAAUGCUUCAGAUAAAAUCAUAGAGCCCAUUCAGUCCCGGUGCGCGGUCCUCCGCUACACCAAGCUGACCGACGCCCAGGUUCUUGCCAGGCUCCUGAACGUCAUCGAGAAGGAGAAGGUGCAGUACACGGAUGACGGCCUGGAGGCCAUCAUCUUCACCGCCCAGGGCGACAUGAGGCAGGCGUUGAACAACCUGCAGUCUACUUUCUCGGGGUUUGGCUUCAUCAACAGUGAGAACGUGUUCAAGGUCUGUGACGAGCCCCACCCCUUGCUGGUGAAGGAGAUGAUCCAGCACUGCGUGAGCGCCGAUAUCGACGAGGCCUACAAGAUCCUCGCUCACCUGUGGCAUCUUGGCUAUUCUCCAGAAGACAUCAUUGGCAACAUUUUUCGAGUGUGUAAAACCUUCCAAAUGGCAGAAUACUUGAAACUGGAGUUUAUUAAGGAAAUUGGAUACACUCAUAUGAAAAUAGCAGAAGGUGUGAACUCCCUGCUGCAGAUGGCAGGGCUCCUGGCCAGGCUGUGUCAGAAGACAAUGGCCCCAGUGGCCAGUUAGAGCGGAGAACCAGUCGGUUGGGUUACAAGACGCCUGGUCCCUGGCAGACAGGAGUCACAGCUUUCUGAUUUGGGAAGAGCGCUGCCUUGGACCAGCCCCGGAAUGCGUCUUCCUGGCCUUCACUGCUGCGCGAGCGUUUGCACUCAGCCUCGGGCUCAUGAUGUGGCGACAGCGUGGAAAGGCCCCAGAGAACCUCCAGGGCAAGGCACCCAAUCCGUACAUGUAUUGGCGUUUCACUAAUAAAACCAAACAAUUUUAUUGGCA